CACCCAUAAUGUAUCAAUAACGCCAAUAAUUGGCCUUGUCAUUCGCUUGUUUAUACAUUCCUUUUAUUUUUAUCUCCCCUCGCUACCGUAGGGUAUGGAAGCCCACCGCAAAUUGGUGUCCCGAGUGGCCGCAACCGUCAAGGAUUACUUCACCCGCAAGGAACCAUUCCGGAUAUCGCACGGGUCCACCAACAGCACGCGUCCCAACGUCAAAAGACGGGUUGUCGACAUCAGUGCCCUGAAAAAUGUCGUCCAAGUCGAUCCAACAUCGAAAAGGGCUUUUGUUGAGCCCAACGUCCCCAUGGAUCAUCUGGUGGAAGCUACACUAGCCCACGGACUGGUUCCUCCUGUAGUCAUGGAGUUCCCCGGCAUCACUGUCGGUGGCGGAUACGCGGGAACAGCUGGUGAGAGCAGCUCUUUCAAGUACGGAUUCUUCGACCGCACCGUCACUUCUGUGGAAAUGAUCCUGGGCGAUGGUGAAGUGGUCACGGCUUCGGAGAAGGAGAACGAAGACCUCCUCCGUGGAGCUGCAGGUGCCGUUGGGACACUGGGCGUUACUACCCUUGUAGAGCUCCAGCUCAUCAAAGCACAGAGAUUCGUCAAGACGACUUAUCACCCCACAAAGUCAAUAGCAGCUGCAGUCGAGAAGGUCAGAGAAGAGACGAAGAAUGAGCAAAACGACUACGUUGAUGGGAUACUCUUCUCGAAAGAUCACGGCGCGAUCAUUACGGGUCAGAUGACGGACGAAAUCCCAGCCAACGUCAAGCCGCAAACCUUCAGCGGCCCUUGGGAUCCUUGGUUCUACUUGCAUGUUGAAGAACGUACCCAAAACACGACAUCUCCCUUCACUGAAUAUAUUCCCCUCGCUGAGUACAUGUUCCGAUACGACCGGGGUGGGUUCUGGGUCGGCCGGAGUGCCUUCAAUUACAUGAAAUUCCCGUUCAACAAGUACACUCGUUGGUUCCUGGACGACUUCUUGCAUACUCGCAUGCUGUAUCGCGCUCUGCAUGCCAGUGGAGAGAGCAGCCGGUACGUUGUGCAGGACAUGGCGCUACCGUAUCCAAACGCAGAGAAGUUCAUCGAGUAUACCGACAGCGCCUUGCAUAUUUGGCCCAUCUGGUUGUGCCCCUUAAAGCAGAGUCCCCAGCCGACCAUGCAUCCGCAUACCAAGGGUGCUUUGGCCGACGACCAAAUGCUCAAUAUCGGGUUGUGGGGGUUCGGCCCAACCAGCAAGGAAGAGUUUCUGGCUAAGAAUCGCCAGCUCGAAAAAACGCUUCGAGCAAUGGGCGGCAUGAAGUGGCUGUAUGGGCACACCUACUACAGCCGUGACGAAUUCUGGGCCCAGUUUGAUAAGCCUUGGUAUGACGGCCUGCGGGAGAAAUACCGCGCUACAACCUUCCCGGAUGUCUACGACAAGGUUUACGUUGACAUGCGAAAGAUCAAAGAACAGGAGCGCUCGGACUGGGCCUUGCGCCUGAGAUCUAUCUGGCCAUUUGGUGGAAUAUGGGGCAUCUACAAGUCGAUAAAGAGCGGUGACUACCGCAUCCAUCGGAAUUCCACGUGGAAGUGGAAAGAAUAAUCGACCAUGUGGAAGAUGAUCGAGUUGCCCCCCGAAAAAUAAUCAGUAUGAUUGGCAUCUUCACUGAGAUCGGUCGUCG